UCUCCCCGGCGCGAGCCGUGACGCGCGGCACGCGCGGCGCCCCGCGCUCCCGCCCCCGCCCCCUCCAUCAUGGCGGCGGCGGCGGCGAAUUAGGGCAGAGCCCGCGCCCCGGCCGAGCGCGCGAGCGCGCGCGCGCCCGCCCACCGCCCCCGGCGGGAGCGACCCGGGAGCUGCGGCCGCUGCUCCGGCUCCGGCUCCUCCCCGCGGCGCCCGCAGCCUCCCAGAGCGGCGCGUCCCCGCCAGCGCAGCCUCCCCGAUGGCGGCCGCCGCCGCCGUGCCCGUCGGAUUCCACUGCGAGACCAAGUACGUGGUGCUCAGCUACGUGGGCCUUCUGGCACAGGAGAAGCCACAGCAGCAUCCUCCUGCUCCAGCUCCAGGGACUCAACAACAGCUUAUGGCACAGCCUGCUCUGGAGAAAGAGGCUUUGGAGAAGAUUAAAAUAGAAAUCGAGGAGGAGCUAAAACGUCUCGAUGAAGAAAUCUUGGAAGCAUUUACCACUACAGGGUUUGACUGCCACACUUCCCCAGUGUUCAGCCCUGCCAAUCCAGAGAGCUCAAUAGAAGACUGCCUGGCUCAUCUGGGGGAGAAAGUGUCUCAGGAGUUGAAGGAACAUCUGCACAAAGCACUGCAAAGCUUGCUUAGCAAGCCGGUGACAUAUCAGGAGUAUCGGGAGCGCACGCACGAGGCAGCUGCUCAUGCCAGUGGAUGGAACAAGGUCUUGGUGCCCCUGGUUCUGUUACAACAAUUUCUGAUGGAGCUGACCAGACGGGGCCAGGAGCCACUGAGUGCCCUUGUGAACUUCGGGGUCACGUAUCUAGAAGAUUAUCCUGCAGAUUUUAUCAUUCAGCAAGGAGGAUGGGGAACAGUCUUCACUUUGGAAUCCGAAGAGGAAGAGUAUCCUGGGCUCAUUGCAGAGGACAGCAAUGACAUCUACAUCCUGACCAGUGACAACUCAGGGCAGGUGAGCCCCCCAGAGUCCCCCACCGUGACCACGUCGUGGCAGUCGGAGAGCCUGCCCGUGUCCCUGUCGGCGAGUCAGAGCUGGCACACGGAGAGCCUGCCGGUCUCCCUGGGACCUGAGUCCUGGCAGCAGGUGGCUAUGGAUCCUGAAGAGGUCAAAAGCCUGGACAGCAACGGAGGGGGCGAAGAGAGGAGUGAGAACAACUCUUCCAACUCCGACAUCGUUCACGUGGAGAAGGAAGAGAUUCCAGAGGGGAUUGAGGAAGCGGUGGUGCCGGCCGGCGCUGCAGAGACCACGCAGGCAGCGCUUCCAGAAACCUCUGCUUCUUUACAGGAAAUAAAACCUCCUGAAAUGGCUGCUGCUGAAAAAGCACAUCCCUCCACACUUCUGCGUACAAAACAGGAGGAAAAGGGAAAAGCAGCUGAAGAACCUGAAAUCCCCGUGUUAAGUAAACCUGUCCCAAAGUUAGCCCCAUCGGAAGAAAAGGCUGCACCAGAACCUGAGAAAAUACUGCUUCCAGGGGAAAAAAAAGUGGGGAAAGAGGGCCAUUUGGAAGAAAUAGAAGAGAAAUCCUCAGCUGCAGAGGAGAAGCCUAUCCUAUUGCCAGAAGGGAAAUCUAUACUGCUGUAUGGCGGGGCUGCUGCAGUUGCCAUAUUGGCUGUGGCAGUCGGAGUAGCGCUGGCGCUUAGGAAAAAGUAACAAAGCUCUCUUGAGGAGGAGGGGGGAGAGAAGAGAGCACAUCCAAUUUUUGUAGUUGUGUUACCUAAAGGUUGAGCUGCCUGCUGUUUAAUUGGACAUUUGAGUAACUCAGUGGUGAUGAGGUGAGGUUGUUCAAUAAGCCUCCAGCUAUGGACAAUCAUGUUUUUAGUAGAAUCGGGGCGGGGAAUUGGAUUUCGUGAUUAAAAGUACAGGGGUAUUUUUAAAAAAAACAAAAAAAAUCUGCAAAUUUAAGAACUUAAAGUGCAGGUGCUGAAGAAAGGGGUGCUUAUACUCUAGGAACUGGAACAGAGAAUCCCCAGGGGAAGGGAAGAGCCAGCUGCCACCAACCCCUGGAGAUUUUGGCUUCUCAGAUUGACCGCUAUUGCAGCUGUGCUGUCUUGUCACUUCCCGUUGUGCCCCUGAGCCCCUCCUAACAAACAUUAGCCAACCUGAGUCCUGUAGCGAGAGGCUGGUGUCCCUUUUGUCUCAGCUUCCUCUCAGGUACAGCACUGCUCCUCAUAACCUUCCAGGUUCCUCCUAAGCCCCAGUGGGACAGUGCUUCUUCUUACCUCUUGGCUCACAGCCUUUUGGCCCCUAACGUUUACUGGAGCCCCACCCUGUGAAGAUGCUGCCUCUCAAUCUCUGAGCAUCCUGGUGGUUCCUGGGGCAGAGGUGCUGCCCAGGGGGAUGGGAGGGACACUGCUUUUUGCUGGUUUGAGAAUCCAUUUGCUCUGCUCCUGCCCAGCCCACUUUACUGCAAACUCUUCAGUUACCAGAGGUACGAAAUUCAUGCUGGACACGGUGCUCUUGGGAUCAGUACUCUGAUAUCUGGGGUGUAUUCAGCAAAAAUCCAGCAAAACCAUGUGGAAGCAAGGCCAGUGCCUCAAGUGCAAUUGAGACGUUAAACGCUCUGCUGUCCUGUGUCACGCUGCAGUCUGCAUUUUCUUUCCCGAGUUAAGCACAGAGUGUAUUUAAUCCUAACUUGGUCUUGCCUGUGUCAGAAUCCCAGAUAUAUAAAGCAAUGGAUUCUAGUAACUGAGCAAAAGAGCAUUAAACAUCUCUAUCUGCUUGUUCCUGACAUGGCCCAGAGUGGUGUUCAGUGCAAUUUCUUUUGUGACUGUGAAUCUGUAAUUAGCUAAACAGGUUCACAAGUGAUGAGCAAUUUACUUGGGCAAAAAAAGGAAAUCCCCCUUCCUGCAGUCACACUUCAGGUGUGUGUGGAGAGAAGCCUUUCAAGUAUUGCCCUAUCAGUGGGAUCCAGCUGCAAGUGUUCCUCUUUCAGCACAUUUGUGUGUCUGUCCUUGUCCAUACAGCAGCUCUGUAGGCAGCACCUUGGGCUUCCCAGGCACAGCUGUGGAUGCAUCUCUGAGGGUUGGUGCUGACACUGUGGCUUAGACCAGAUGGAGGAAGGUGACAGGGAACUCGUGAUAAUGAAAAAAACGAAACCUGAGCUUAUGGGACUCUUCGCAAAGCACAAAGACAAGGUACUUUUAGUUCUAAGUAACCAUAUCAAGAGUACAUCUCCUGAUGAGGCUGUUUCUUAAGGGAUCUCAGAAUGAAGAGAUCUUAGCAUAUUCUCUGUUUUAGGAUAUUCUUGCUGCAUUUUCCUAUCCCAGGAUGCUGGAAAGUUAAGUCAGAAUGUGUCAUAUUCUGAGGAAUUAUUUUUGUGUAAGCUUUUGUGAAAUGGAUUUUCUAGAAAUCUUACUGGAUUUUGAACUGUGUGUGUGUGAAGUUGAAUAUUAAGAGGAAGGGUUGUGUAUAUACUGCUGCUGUGGACUGAACUUGGGAGCUCUGGACUGUACUGUUGAUCAUUGAUUACUCUUCUUCCAUGUACAAAACAUAGCAGGUUGGCCUUAUCAGAAAAAAAAAACAAAAAAAAACAAAAAAAAAACCGAAUCUUUUUAUCACAUUGCAAAAUGGAAUUGACUUUUUUUUUUUUUUUUUAAAUGCCAUUUUCUGGUUCCCUGCUGGUACUCGUUGCUGUGCUCUGUCUCCAGAAGGGGUCGCUGGGAUCUCCUCAUGCCACGGACUCUGGUGUCUGCCUUCCCACCACAGCAGUUCCCUCUCCUGGCCCCUUGCAGGAGCUUCCCCCACGUGGAGGAGAGGUCUCUUUAUGCUCCAUUUGUCACCAACAUGCAGGAACAGUUUUGUUUCACAUGUGUUUAUCAGGGAGUGGUACAGUCUCUGAGGCAGCAGGGGCAGCUUUAUUGCCUGGUCAGUCAGGGCAGGGCUGCCCCUCUCCUGCUGCUUUGCUGAUGGCUUUGGGUUCUUGUUGGAGAGAACUGUUCUUAACCUACAUCCCCUCCUUAUGAAAACAAUGAAUCUACUUUUGGUCCAGCCCCACCUCUAGCCACACAUCAGGUUACUCUGAAGCAGAGAUGGAUUCUGGGACACUGGUAACUUUUGUACCAAUGGGAGGAGGGUGGAGGCAAGGCUGGUGUUACUUCAUCUUCUCUGUGGGUGGGGUUGUUUCAGUAGUAAUGUGGAGAUGGGUAGAGGACAGACAGGAAUAAAUCCAGGCUGGCAAGGGAAGAAGUUCCAAACUUAGUGUCACAAAAGCUUCCAUGCACAGCAGUGAGAAGGUGGCAGCAGUAGUAAUGAUUGUGUGAGGCAUUUUCAUGGUCAGGCAGAAGCCUUGAGUAUCUGGUGUGUUGCUACAUCUCAUGGAGCAUUAGUUGCACCAUAUGUUUUGGUUGCUUGGUCCUUUCUUUAUAAUGUUCUUCUCCUUCUGGAGUCUUAGAUUUGGCAAGUCAGCGAGAAUUGGAACUGAAAUUGAAUUUUGCAUGUUCAGAAAAUUUCCUAUAGGAGUCUCUUUCCUCUGGGAACACUCCACUAGUUACAAAGGUCAGCUUUUAAAAAGUUAGUUAAAAAAACUAGUUAAAAAGGUCAGUGGGGUUGAGUUUGCAGAGUCUGGAAUUCUGGGGUCAGAGCUGGGAUCUCCAAAGGGUGGAUAAGCUCAGAUGGCAGUGUUCCUACAGACCUGAGUGAGAGGCUGCUCUGUUAGGAGGUGUGAAUUAGAAAAUGGAAGUUUUCUUCCCCCCAUCUUCAAGUAUAUUAUAGUGAUCUUAAACUGCAGGGUCCAAUUACACCAAAAGGUGUGAUAGAACCUCUCUUUAUGGAUCUCUUGUAGCUAGCAGAGGGAAGACAGGAGCUACAGACCUGCAAAAGGGCAUAUAGAAUUACUUUCACUUGUGUUACUCAUCCCCUUCCCAGAAGUGCCUCAAUAUCUGUCCUCGAGUGGCCUGUAACUUUAACAAAAUAUCUACCUUAGACCCAUUCUGUCUUCACUUUAUCCUUAGCAUACUCUAAAGCUGAGAUGCUAAAGCAGCAGAGGACUGGAGCUAUGAAAAAAAGUGGGAAAUACUUAAGGAACUGCAGUGGAGCUGCAGUGAAAGGAGCUGACAAGGAAAGGCUUUCAAGCUAAGGUGCAACUUAAAUUCAGCUGUGCUUAAUUUUAAGCAAUGCUUAGUUGGGCAUUGUGGCUGGGAGCUGAGCAAGGUCUUUCUUCAGUGGGCACUGCAAGAACAAGAGGCUGAGAGCAAAGAAAAUUCCUCUGUUGCCCAAAAGCCCAAAGAUGCAGAUGCAGAUGCAGAGCCAGGUCUCAGCCCAUGUUGCAGCACUUGUGUGCUGGUGGAGCCUGGUAGGCUCUGCCUUCUGAGUCCCUUGAGCUUCUUCAGAAGAUCCAGGCUGUGGGCAGGUCAGUACUACAGCAACCCAUCCUUGCUGUUUGCCAGGCCUUCAUUUUUCACUCUCAGGCAGCUGCAGCUCAAGGGCCAGGUGGAAGCUGCAGUUCUGAGUGCUCUUACACAGACAAGUUUUGCUUCCCAUUUCCUUCCUUCCCCCAUAGUGCUGAUCAACAGCUAGGCUAAAACUUCGGAGUGUAUUUUUAAACUAAUCAAUGCUUUCUAAUGGUCACAAAUGAAAUGUUUAACUAGUACUAAACAAGCAAGCUGCUGAAAUUUGGUCUUCUUUCAUCUUAAAUUAUUUUAUCUACUACAGUAAUUGAGGUUAUAAACCUUCCCUAUAUUUAAUGUCAGUUACAGAGUUAUGCCACUACUGGCAAAGCCCUAGUAAGAUAGAUCUUGCUGUUCUGGCAAAAAACUAGAAAUGCUUCUGGUAAUGCAGUCACUCAUUCACAAAGCCAGAGCAAGUUCCUGUUACAGAGUUUCACAGUGUAAUUAUUAGAAUGUUUUGCUGUGAAAUGGGGGAGUGGGGUGAAGAGGUGCACAUGACUGGCCCAGGUGUCAUGUCUUCAGGCACCAGAAAGCCCAGGGCAUCAGCAGAAUGUCAUAUUCUGGGCUCUAUUUGUGUCUGCUCAUGUUGGAGCAUACAGGGAUAAAGUGUUUCCCAGUGAAAAAUUCCUGUUUGGUAUCUUUAUUGAUGAUCUGGAUGAGGGAAUCAAGUUAAACAUUAGCAAAUAUGCAGAUGACACCAAGCUGGGUGCAAGUGUUGGUCUUCUGGAGGGUAGGAGGAUUCUGGGAGGCACCUGGCCAGGCUGGAUUGGUAAAUUGAGUCCAGUUCAACAAGACCAAGUGCCUGGUCCUACACUUUGGGCACAACAACCCCCUGCAGUGCUAUAGGAUGGGGACAGUGGCUGGACAGGAAGAGACCUAAGGGGACUGAUGGACAGCAGGCUGGACAUGAGCCAGCAGUGUGCCCAGGUGGCCAAGAAGGCCAAAGGCCCCUCCUGGCCUGGAUCAGGAAUGGUGUGGCCAGCAGGAGCAGGGCAGUGAUUGUCCCCUUGUACUCAGCACUGGUGAGGCUGCACCUCAAGUCCUGUGUCCCGUUCUGGGCCACUCAGUUUAGAAGGGAUGUUGAGAUGCUGGAGGGAGUCCAGAGAAGGGCAACAAGGCUGGUGAAGGGUCUGGAGCACAAGUCCUAAAGAGAGCAGCUGAGGGAGCUGGGAGUGUUCAGCCUGGAGAGCAGGAGGCUCAGGGGAGAGCUUGUCACUCCACAAGUACCUGAAAGGAAGGUGCAGCCAGGUGGGUCAGGCUCUUCUCCCAGGGAACAGGGACAGGACAGGAUGACACAGCCUUAAACUGUGCCAGGGAGGUUGAGUUUGGACAUAGAGAAGAAGUUCUUCACAGAAAGGGUGACUGGACUUUGGAGUGGGCUGCCCAGGGAGCUGGUGGAGUCACCAUCCCUGGAGCUGAUUGAAAAGACUGGAUGUGGCACUCACUGCCAUGCUCUGGUUGGCAAGGUUUGGUCAUAGGUUGGACUUGAUCUCAAAGGUCUUUUCCAAACCUAGGUGAUUCUAGGAAACAGAGAGGGAUGAGACACAAUAUCUACCUAGUGAGGGCAGAAGCUGUGCAUGAUUUUAAUUUGGCUUAGAUUGCUUAAUUUCAGCAUGAGGAAGGUUGCAAGAACAGUAUUACUUUAACUUCAUGUAUGCAAGCUCUGUAUUGCCAUAACAA